AUGAGUUUGGAAGCGAUUAAAUACGACGCACAGAGCCAACGGCUCACCAUUCUCGAUCAAUUGAAAUUGCCGCAUGAAUCCGUUUAUGUUGAGGUGAAAAACGCCCAAGACGGCCACGACGUGAUCAAGAGAAUGGUUGUUCGCGGUGCGCCCGCUAUCGCAAUUGUUGGAGCGUUGGCAGUUGCUCUAGAUGUCGUGGAGACAGCCAAAGCCGAGCCGGAUGCGGAGAAAGUCAAGCAAUACGCGACUGAGCGCCUGAAAUAUAUUGUGACGUCUCGCCCUACCGCGGUUAAUUUGUCAAGGGCUGCCACUGACUUGUUGAGCGUCCUAGCUGCUUCCUCGGCACAAUCUGGUGCUGGCGUGGCUAAUGAGUUACUAGAGUUUGCGGUAAAGAUGCUGGCAGAUGAUGUUGCCGAUAACAAAUCAAUCGGAAGCAAUGGUGCCGAAUGGAUUUCCAAACAAACGGAUGGUCCCGUUGCAGCAGUAACUGUUUGUAACACCGGCAGUCUGGCUACCGCUGGAUAUGGCACGGCACUGGGAAUUGUGCGCUCUUUGCAUUCGCACAACCUCUUGAAACAUGUCUAUGCUCUCGAAACCCGCCCUUAUAACCAAGGAGCUCGACUAACUGCUUAUGAGUUAGUUCAUGAUAAACUACCCGCUACUCUGGUGACUGAUUCAAUGGCCGCUUCAUUAAUGGCGCGGUUCCCGGACGUCAAAGUUGCUGUUGUGGGUGCUGAUCGCGUAGCUGCAAACGGAGAUACCGCCAACAAGAUCGGAACUUAUCAACUGGCGGUUUUGGCAAAAUUCCAUGGUGUCAAAUUCAUUGUGGCUGCCCCCACAACUUCCAUUGACUUUGAGAUGAGAUCAGGUGCUGAGAUUGUUAUCGAGGAGCGGCCUGCUGAAGAACUAACAUCGGUCCAAGGUGUUGCUGUGGCUGCUCCAGGAAUCGGAGUGUGGAACCCUGCCUUUGAUGUCACUCCGGCUAAUCUGAUCGAUGCAAUUGUUACGGAGAAAGGUGUUGUUGAGAAUAAAAACGGAUUCGACCUAACGUUCCUAAAAUGA